AUGCUCGUAUACGGGUCGUCAAUAAUUGCUAUAGUGCUGGCAUAUUCCUUGUGGAAUCUCAAACACACAAUACAAGCACAGUUUGUUCCUAAAAACCUACCUCCAUUUUUCAAUGCUGGUGGAAGUUGCGAACUGAUCCGAGAGAAGGAAGUAGACAAUCGGUUCAAGUUUUGCGAAGAUGGGGUGAUCCUAGCACCAGGUAUUGCCAUCUUCAGCUGUGAUCUGGGCCGCUACGAAUGGAAUACUGCAAUGGGCCCAAUGAAUGAAACCAGUCGCGGUGGCGGCUUAUGGGCGCUUCAUUACACAUCGGCAACGACUGAAAAGCCAUAUCCCCUCGAACUAACUAGCUUCCCCGGCGAUGCUGAUAUGGGAUUCCACCCGCUUGGCAUUGAUACGCCCAGUGAUUCAUCCGGGACGCCAUCUCGGCUGCUGGUCAUAAAUCAUGGACGCCACAAACCAACCGUUGAAGUCUUUCACGUAAAGCUCGAGUGCGGCCUCGUAGCUCUCACAUACGAAACGACGUUAACGCAUCCUUCCUUCGUCGCGCCUAAUGCUAUAGCCGCUGUAUCUUUCGAUUCAUUCUUCCUAUCUCACGAUCACUAUUUUACGAAUCGCAUGCGAUGGCCUCUAAACACCAUAUUGCCAUGGCUGGAGACCUUCUUGUUGCUUCCUUUGGGUAAAGUGGAUUUAAUCUCGUUCGAAGCGCUUCCGGGCGCGGGUGUACGUAAGGUUCAAACGGUGGCGCGCAAUAUUGUAUGCGCAAAUGGCGUUGCGGUGUCGGCUGAUGGCUCUACGUUGGCUGUCGCAUCGACUGCUCGUGCCGAAGUACUGAUCUAUUCAAAGGACACAACGACCGUCAAAUUCAUUACUUCAAUACGUGUUCCGUUCGGAGUGGACAAUCUAGCGUUUGCUGGUGACCAGCUGCUGGCUGCAGGUCACCCUUAUGCCCCAGAGCUUAUGGCGCUUAUGAAAAAUAAAUCGAGUCGCGCGCCAAGCUAUGUGUCUGCAAUCUCCCCCCAAUCAGCCAAUCAGACACAGUCUUGGCUGACUCGGAUACUAGUUGGUGCCAACCUCACGACCGUAUUCAUGAGUGACGGUUCAUUUUUGAGCGCGAGCUCCGGGGCAUCUGUCGACUUGGAAAUGAGAAUAAUGUUUGUUGUUGCCUUGUAUGGGUCGGGUGUUGCCAAAUGUAACUAUACACUGUAA